AUCAGCUUCAUCGCCUUCCAUUCUCUACUCGAUCAGUCUACCUUUACAACUACCUUUCUUCGCUGUACACUGAGUGUCUGCCUUCUUCUUCUUCACAUCCAUCACCAACACCUCAACAAAAAACCACCAACACUUCACAAUGGUUGCCUUCAGCUCUAUCGUCCUCGCCGUUUCGGCCAUUGCUGGCUCUGCCUUUGCCGCUCCCACCGCCGAUGUUCCUGACUUUGAAAUCAGCGGAACCAAGUCCCUCAUGGCUCGUCAGGACUACGACCAGAACUACAAGACCAGCGGCAACGUCCAGUUCCAGUCCACCAGCAAUGGAUACUCUGUAAAGUUCUCCAACGCCGGUGACUUCGUCGUCGGAAAGGGAUGGAAGAAGGGAACCAACAGGGCCAUCAGCUUCCAGGGCUCUACCCAGGCUCAAGCCGGUACCGUCAUCGUCGCCGUCUACGGCUGGACCAAGAACCCCCUGAUUGAGUACUACGUCCAGGAGUACACCAGCAACGGCUCCGGCUCCGCACAGGGCCAGAAGAUGGGCACCGUCACCUGCGACGGCUCCGUCUACGACAUCUGGAAGCACACCCAGGUCAAUCAGCCUUCCAUUGUCGGCACCACCACCUUCACCCAGUACAUCUCCAACCGUCAGAGCAAGAGGCCCGGCAGCGGCACCAUCACCACCAAGUGCCACUUCGACGCUUGGGCCAAGCUCGGCAUGAACCUUGGUACCCACGACUACCAGACUCUCUCCACUGAGGGCUGGGGCAAUGCUGCCGGUAACUCUGCCUACACCAUCUCUGGAAAAUAGAUGGCGCGUAGCGUCUUUUCUUCUCUCUCUUGAGCUCUUGAGCUCUUGAGUGCGAGUGAGAUUGGGAAAUCAACCCAUGCACGAUAUCCUUCCUUCUGGAUAAAAGGCUGGUUGUAGUUGGUUCGGAUGGAGAGUUAGAGCAGACUUCAUUUCUUGUGCAGAUCUUAACCUUUUCUUUUUUGUUGUGGACGGGGUCCUGCGACCCUUUUCCAUCGCAAUGUAUAUAUUUAGCCUUUUUUGGUCUGUCCUCUUGACGAGUGUGGCAGCAGUAGAAAAUAUGAAAAUCUUAGUUGUUCAUGUCA